GACACACACACAUAUAGGAGGGCUGACUGCUGUUUUUCUUUUGUCUGACCUCCCCUGCAAAAAUGCACGUCUCACCACUAAUUCCUCAUGUUUACUUACAAACCGUGACACCUUUUGGGCCGUGAACUUGACAGACCCGUCCAAGUUGAGGGGAAUUAUCUAAAGAUUAUCAUUAGCUCCUCAAAACAUCUCGGAAUGUUCUCUAAAAAACCUCAUGGAGAUGUCAGGAAAUCAACACAGAAAGUGUUGGACCCCAAGAAGGACGUGCUGACAAGAUUGAAACAUCUAAGAAUCGUCAUUGAAAAUGCAGAGCCUGUUGAACUCAAACACCCUUUCGAGCAGAAUUACUCCCACAUCUACUAUGUGUUCUUUGAAAACUUUGUCACCAUCGAGGUUAACCUGAAACAGAAAGGUCACAAAUCACAACGAGAGGAGCUUGAUUCUAUUCUGUUCAUAUUUGAGAAAAUCUUACAGCUGUUACCAGAGCGAAUACAACGAAGAUGGCAGUUCCACAGCAUAGGUCUUAUUUUGAAAAAACUACUAAACACUGGAAACUCCCUGAAGAUCCGGAGGGAAGGAGUUCGUCUGUUUCUUCUUUGGAUGCAAGCUCUGCAGCACAAUGCCCCGAAAGAGCAGCUCUGGAUCUUUGCCUGUCUGAUUCCAGGAUUCCCGGCACCUCAGUCUGAAUUUGGCCCUCGCACCCUGGAUAAUCUGAUCAGCCCUCCUUUAAACCUUCAAGAGUCUCAAGUGACUCCAGAGGAAAUCAGUCCAUUGGUGCCGCCCCAAUCAGGAGAUAAAUCCCAGGAAGAUCUCACUGGAUAUUUCUUGGAGGCUCUACUAAAAUACAUGGUAAACCAGGCCAAAAGUCUUGAGUGGAAGUGUAAGGAGAAUCACGAGAAGGGUUUCGCCUUCCUGUUCACCAAUUUCAAAAAGUAUUACCUGCCCCAUAUCUUCCCCAACUUCUCCAAGGAGACCAGUUUGUACAAUCCUAUUCUUGAUGUUCCACCCAUGAGACCAAAGCCUUACUACAUAGUUGUUAAAAGAGACCCAGAGACCAAUGAAGCCCUGUAUUGCACUAAAGAGAACUUACUCAAUGCCAGAGUCAUAUUUGUCCGCUGGCUGGUCUCCUUCUGGCUGGAGCCCAGGCCCAACACAGGAACGCACAUCCCUGGCAUAGAAGGAGAAAAUGUGCCAAAGAACAUCCAGAGAGCUGCAGCAGGCCUAGCUGCACGUAGUGAGGAUUGUGGCCCAAGAUCAGAUGGUUUGGAUGGUAUAGGUGCUAGUGAACCCGAGCAGUCACACUCCAACACCAGCACACUGACUGAAAGAGAACCCAGCUCCUCUAGUCUCUGCAGCAUGGAUGAAGAACAUCUCACCGAUAUCGAGGUUGUUCGACGGGUCCUGUGCUCCUCCAGAACCAAUGUCAACUUCAUCACAGAGAUCUUUCGUCAGGCAUUUCUGUUGCCCAUGUGUGAGGCUGCAGCCAUGCGUAAGGUGGUGCGUGUGUAUCAGGAGUGGAUCUCGCUCCAGGAUAAGCCAGUGUUUAUGAGAGAACCAGAGGAAGACAGAUUCUCUGGCCAGCUGGACUCCACCCAUGAGCAAGGAGCUGAUAAAGAGGAAGAGGAUAUGGGGCUCAAUGUGUCCGUUCACAAACAAAACCCUAAUUGGUGCAGGAGUAAAUCAUCUGACACUGAAGUCCACGUGCAUGCUGGUGUCCAGGCCACACUACAGGUUUUCAUCACCAACUCCUCUAACGUCUUCCUUCUGGAGUCAGCCAAUGAGAUGAAGUCACUUCUGGAAGAACAUGUCGACAUGUGCAAGCGUGUGCUGAACAUAUACCGCAGUCUGGUCAUGCAUGAAACCAUGAACCAGAAGACCUGGGAGCAGAUCCUGUUGGUGUUGCUGAGAGUAACAGAGUGUGUGAUGAAGAGGCCUCCGUCCAUCAUGCCUCAUGGGAAGAAGAGUAACACUUUAUCAGGCCGACUGGCAGGGGCCAUUUUUCAGACUCUGAUUGUGGCCUGGAUCAAAGGGAAUCUGAACGUGUACAUCUCUCGAGAGCUGUGGGAUGACCUGCUCUCUGUUCUCUCCUCUCUUACCUGUUGGGAAGAGCUGGUCACCGAAUGGUCCCUAACCAUGGAAACACUUACCAAGGUAUUAGCACGCAACCUUUAUAGUCUGGACCUGAACGAGCUACCUUUGGACAAACUCAGUGAGCAGAAACAGAAGAAACACAAAGGCAAAGGAGGUGCCCAUGAGGGGCAGAAAAUCGCUGUGGAUCGUUCAUUCUCCAAAGGCUGGAGUCGAGACCCACCAGGCCAAGUGGCUGCUAUGAGACAGCGCAGUGCCACCACAGCUGGCUCACCUGGCAUAGAGAAGGCGAGGAGCAUCGUCAGACAGAAGACAGUGGACAUGGAGGAACCUUCUAUGGCCCCGCGUGGGCCGCGGAUUCGCCACUGCUCUCAGAGUGAGGAAACUCCAUCGUCAGAGGUUUUCUCCUCUUCCGGAGACCUGGAACAGCCCCCUCUGCCCCGUAGCAGCAGCGCCUCUGACAUCAUAGAGCCCUUCAUCACUGAGCGGGUCAAAGGUGCAGUUCCUGUCUCUGACAAUCCCUCUAACUCCACCCAGUUUACCACCACUGCCAACUCCCCCCACUGCUCACCGUCCCCACACCAGUUCACUGACCCACACCCACCCCCUGACAGCCAGGCAUCCCUGGAGGUGGGCGAAAGCAUCUAUGACCAUCUCUGCCAGAUGCCAGGGCAGCAACCCCCCUUUAUCGCUAAUUGGUCCUGUCCAGCUGCAGCACAGACCAAUCAGAUCGAGGGAGAAGGCGAAGAGGACGUCUUCAGCGCUUUCAGGGAGUUUUGUAGCAGGGAGAACAUGGUAGGCAAAAUUGGGGAGUUUGGGGAGAAAAUUGAGGCAGGUGCAGAUAGUAGACAUGUGCCGUUCAUGGAAAGUAGGGAUUGGGUGUUAGAAUGGGAUCGAGAAAUGGAACAAAGCGAAAAGUGUUUUUAUGAGUGCUUAGAGCAGUGCGAUUGGGAUUUGAGUCUUACGCAGAAAUGUUCUAGCACGGAGGGUCCAGUAGAGGACAGGAAAGCCACACAUUUACACCGUCAGAAUGCUACGGACAGGGCUAGUGAAAGCGAACACAGCCCACCGCCAUCCCAGCUUGCAUCGAGGCCUAAGCUCUCCAAUCCUGACCCCAAAAAGCGGCACAGCGGUGGGGUCCAUGUCAUUUUCCGCCCGUCCACGGAAUCUGUGCAGUUUCACAACCCCCUGGAUCCCAAAGAGGCUCACUGGAAGACACGGCUUCGCCGUCUCGGCCACUUUAGCAGCCACUCGGUUGGGGGAAGUGGGGCAGCGGCGAAGGUCAGAGAGGGCGUGGGGGAAGGGGUCGCCUGUUGCGAAACUGUGGAGCGGGAUCGAGGCUCUAUCAGCGGGGCUAGACGUGGCCGUCUUGGCCGCCCGUCUCUCCGCCCGCGGGGUUCCCGCUCCAGAUCUCAGGAAUCAGGGUGUAGCCCCUCACGGCAGCAGCAAGUGGCACUGUUGGGUGGGGUGUAUAAGUCUAUGAUUCAUGCUCUCUCCAAACCCAAGGCCCAGGCGGUGUCGCCCCAGCACCAAGGCAAAACACCCGCCUCUGAGGCACACCUUAAGGACCUGUACGCUCACCUAAUGGGCUAUUUUGGAAGAAAAAUCUCAGCCAAUAAAGAUGAGCUGUCACCAAAAAUGAGGCCCAUGUCCAAUGAUGCUGGCAGCAGCAACCCAAACGUCAGCGACCUCAUGGAUGAGUUCAUCCAGGAGAGACUGAGAGCCAGGGGAACCUCUGGCAUGACCAGACGUGGCAGUAGCCCAGGCAGUCUUGAGAUCCCCAAAGAUCUGCCGGAGCUCCUGAACCGUCAGAAUGUCACGCGACCUGCAGACGACCCUGGUGUGCCCUCUGAGUGGACUUCACCAGCUAGUGCCAGUGGAAGUGACCUCGUAAGCUCAGACAGCCAAUCAGAAUCCUUCAACGCGUUUCAGUAUGACAACAAGUUUGAAAAUUUCAGUUUCAAUCCUGAGUCGUGUGCUCUGGGCUCGGUGGGUCAGGAUAGUUUGGGAGGAGCAGGGCACACCGCAGAGGAACAGGAGCUGUCUAGCCUCACCACACUGCAUAUUGACUCCGAGACCAGCAGCCUCAGCCAGCAUGGCCUAUCUGCUGACACCGUCACCAUUGCUGGUUCAGAGAGUGCGUCCCCAAUGCACUCGCUAGGAGGUUCUCGAUCACAGACGCCGUCCCCUGCCACACUAACAACAGAACAUGUCCAGCAUAAAGACCUGCAGCUGGAUGAGAAAAUGCACCACUCAGUCCUUCAGACCCCCGAUGACCUCGAAACGAGUGAGUUUCCAACAGAGGACUCCAGUGUGAUGGCUGGAGGCACUCUGACUGGCUGGCACGCUGACAUUGCCACAGUGAUGUGGAGAAGAAUGCUAGGCAUUCUGGGAGAUGUCAACUCCAUCAAGGACCCUGAGAUCCAUGCACAGGUCUUUGACUACCUCUGUGAACUCUGGCAGAACUUGGCCAAGGUCAGAGACAAUCUUGGGAUAUCGCUUGACAACCAGUCGUCUCCACCCCUGCCUGAUCUGAUUCCACCCUUACGGAUUCUGACUCCCUGGCUUUUCAAAGCCACUAUGUUGGGUGAACGCUAUAAACAAGGAAAACUUCAUGCCUAUAAGCUCAUUUGUAAGAUUAUGAAGAGGAGACAGGAUGUUUCUCCAAACUCUGACUUUCUCACACACUUCUACAACAUUAUGCACUCCGGCCUGCUUCACCAAGACCAGGACAUUGUGAACACCAUAAUCAAGCACUGCUCUCCACGCUUCUUCUCAAUUGGACUUCCUGGUGCCACUAUGCUCAUACUGGACUUCAUCGUGGCAGCAAGCCGUGUGACUGCCUGCUCAUCCCUGAAUGCUCCUCGGGUAGAGGCUCAGAUCUUGUUGGGUUCCUUGGUGUGUCUCCCAAACCUGUACAAGGAACUUCCUGCCCUGCACCCCACAACAGCUGACAUCAUCAUGACAAAAUUCACAGAUGUCAAGGAGCAUAUAAUCAAGGACAUCUUGACUUCUGCCAGAGACGAGCCUUCUGCCCCAGCAAGGUGUGUGGCACUCUGUAGUCUGGGGAUCUGGCUCUGUGAAGAGCUUGUUAAUGGCACUCAACACCCGCAGAUCAAAGAAGCCCUUAAUGUCAUCUGUGUCACUCUCAAGUUUUCUAAUAAAACCGUAGCCCUGGUGGCCUCGGAUAUCUUGCACCUGCUCAUAAACUACGUUGACGAUCUGCAGAAGUUUCCACCCAACACUCCCAAAAAAAUUGUGGAGGUCCUUAUUGCAACCAUCACUUAUCUUCUCCCGGCCACAGAGUCCUCCCCUCAUGAGCUGGAAAAGAGGCUGGUUGUAUCUCUGUUGCUGUGCUUGCUGGACUGGGUGAUGGCUCUACCUCCAAAAACCCUCCUGCAGCCGGUUCAAGGAGCCUCAGACAAAGAAAAAAAUGACAAAUCUGUUCUCAGCUGCAUCUAUAAAGUCCUCCAUGGCUGUGUGUAUGGUGCUCAGAGCUUCAAUAACCCCAACUACUUCCCCAUUCACCUGUCAGACCUGAGCAGCCCAGACUACGACCCUUUCCUACUACUGGAGAACCUUAAGGAGCCAGAACCCCUCCACUCACCAGACUCUGAACGCUCCUCCAAACUGCAGCCGGUCACUGAAGUGAAGAGCCGUAUUCAGCAAGGCCUGAUCUCAAUUGCUGCACGCACAGUCAUAUCCCACCUGGUCAACCACCUGGGUCACUAUCCGAUGAGUGGUGGCCCUGCAACUCUGACCAGCCAGGUGUGUGAAAACCAGGAUAACCCAUACAGUGAAAGUGCAGACCUAACCCCCGAGCUAUUUGAUGCGCCCAACUUGCAGUUCUUCGUGCUUAACGGCACCACGCUGCUGUCCUACCUACAGAUCCGGGCGGAGGAUGGCCUGCCUGGAGGUGGUAUGUCAGCUGGCCUCACUACCACUAGUGCCUGUGUACGUGUCAUUGUGCGGGACAUUUCCGGCAAACACUCCUGGGACUCAGCUGUACUGUAUGGUCCACCCCAUUGCAUCACUCCAAAUCAACCUUUGCACCUUUAUACAUCCUCCAAUCUAGCUGGGGGUGGCCAAGAUGAGGACAGUCUAGACCAAGGUAGUCAAGAGGAAGCAGAGGAUAGAGCGUUUCAGGAGGAUGAUGAGAACCUGGAGUAUCAUGAAGAGGAGGUGAUGGAGGACAAGGAGGAGGGAGAUCUUGAAGAAGAGGACAAAGAAGCAGGGCUCGAGCUAAUGGCCCCACAGGCCAAGCGACGGUGCCGAGCGGUAAUCCCGAGCUGGGACUCCCUGCAGGAUGGGGAGGAUGCUCUGGAUGAGAUGCUGCAGUACCUGGGAUACUCCAGCCCCGAGUGCCUGCAGCGAACCGGUGCACCGCUCAACAUUCCAGCUCCGCCACCAACCUGUGUGUCCGAGAAGCAGGAGAAUGAAGUCAUCACUGCCAUCCUGAAGCAGUGUGCUGAGGAGCAGGACUUCACAGUGCAUCGGGGGAAUGACCUGAACAUGAGGGCAGUAGUGCAGCAAGAGCCAAACCCACAGAGACCCCAGUCAGCAUUCUACUACUGCAAACUACUCCUCAACAUACUGGGCAUGAACUCCUGGGAAAAGAGAAACAGUUUCCACCUACUGAAGAAGAAUGAAAAACUACUGAGAGAGCUGAAGAAUUUGGAUUCAAGACAAUGUCGUGAAACACACAAGAUUGCCGUGUUUUACGUGGCAGAAGGGCAAGAGGACAAGCACUCUAUUCUGUCCAACACUGCCGGGAGUCAGGCAUAUGAAGACUUUGUAUCAGGCCUUGGCUGGGAGGUGAACCUAACGAGUCACUGUGGUUUCAUGGGGGGCCUGCAGCGGAACAAGAGCACUGGUUUGACCAUGCCCUACUUCGCCACCUCUACAGUAGAAGUGAUGUUCCACGUGUCCACACGCAUGCCUCCGGACUCUGACGACUCACUCACUAAAAAGUUAAGACACCUGGGCAAUGAUGAGGUGCACUUAGUGUGGUCAGAGCACUCGCGGGACUAUCGGAGGGGCAUCAUACCUACUGAAUUUGGUGAUGUACUGAUCAUCAUCUACCCCAUGAAGAACCACAUGUACAGCAUCCAAAUCAUCAAAAAGCCUGAGGUGCCAUUCUUCGGUCCAUUGUUUGAUGGGGCGAUAGUGGAUGGAAAGAUCUUACCUACAGUUGUCCGAGCCACGGCAAUCAACGCCAGUAGAGCACUGAAAUCCCUGAUCCCUCUCUACCAAAAUUUCUACGAAGAAAGAGCAAGAUACUUGGAGACAAUUGUCCGGCACCACUUGGAACCCACAACAUUUGAGGACUACGCGGCACGUGUUUUUUGCCCUGCGCCCUUCCACCAUCUCCCCUCUGAAGCAGGCUCAUGCCUCGAGAGUCAACCGGCCGAAAGUCCAGCAAUGCAGGUAGACGGGAGCGACUUUGCCUCGGCAAUGUCACCUCGUGCUAGCAAAAGCCGGAUGUCCAUGAAGCUCCGCCGUUCUUCUGGCUCCGCCAACAAGACUUGACUCUUCAGAACAAACACACGAAACGCACUACUACUGAACACUCCACAGUAUUUGCUCUCACUCCAGGACUCCUCAUACUACACUGUCAAAGACAGACCACACCUUCUUGCCUGCGUAGCCACGCCCCAUGCUGUCUGACUCCUCCCGUCCAGAAUUGAGAGCCACAAUGAUCAAAGACAUACCUGAGAUGCUCUGUGUGCAGUUGUUGUACAGUGGGCAGAAAAGUGAACAGAAAUGAUUUUUUGUUUUUGUCAAUCGCCAAUGGAUGUUGCAUUGCGUUUUACUUUAAUAAUUAUCAUAGCUGGUAUCACUAGCUAGCGAGUUCCCCAGUACUUGGAGUGACAGUGAUUGAAAAAUUAGAACAAAUUUAUAGUUGGAAAAUUUAUAGUUGGAAAACAAUUCGUUUUGAUUGCCAUUGUAUCAGCCACAACUUUUUCUAUUUGUACAGAGGACUCUUAAGCGCUGAGGUUUUCUUUUUAAGCUGAUGAUAUGACGGCGAAACAAAUUGAGAUGUCUGGAGAAUUCUGUGGAAAUGGUGUUUGUGGAGCAGUACAUUUAAUUUAAAACACUUGCUGUUAACCUUUAUUUCAGAGUUUGUUUUCACUCCUUAUGUGGAAUUUGUUUUUAUAAAACGGUGACACUUGCCGCUGUUUCUUUAUGUAUUUUAUUUUAUUUUUUUUGUUUUUUGCAAGUUUUCAUUAUGUAUCACACAUUAUUACGAUUGUAAAUUUGGUUUUCUCUUGAUUAGGAUGUUACUGAUUUUGUUUUUUUAUUGUUGAUGUUAUAUUGAACAGCCCCUUUUGUCAUUUGUAAUGGUUAUUUGUGUGUAUAUAUCUAUAAAUAUAAAAUAUAUACAUAUUUAAUGUAUGUGUAUAGUGUAUGAACAGUAUCUGAUCUGUGUACAUAUUUAACAGUAUUUAAAUCAACCAAAAAAAAAAUAUUAAAAGGGUUAAUUAAACCUCAAGCCACUUAGAACAAGUCAAAGAGCACUAAAGUGAUCUCUUCAGCUUGAAUGUUGUUCUGUAUGGCUUGGUUUUGCUGGAUUCUUGGAGACAAGAGACAGUUUAUCAGCUCAUUUACAGCAUUAAUCAUUUGACCGCAGCGCCUCUUUUGAUUAAUCUUGGAAGAGAUUUGGAAGAGUUAAGGAAUAGUGUAAACGAGUUGCCACAUUACCAGAUCUUGCAGGGAGAGGGCAACGUUGUUGAAUUGAACACAACUAUCCACUUCGUGACACUUUGAGCUCAUUCAGAACGCAUAUGAACUCAUGUCAUGUGACAUAUUGCAUAAGUAGCAUAAGAGACAUAGGCCAUCAAUGUUAUCAUGUCCUUUUUUUUUUUUUUCGAAACAUCUAGAUGUAAAAGUGUGCAAAAAAAAAACAUCUCUAACACUCGUUUUGGUCACUUUUUUGUUUUCCUUUGAACAUUAAAGGGAUUACAAGGUUAACUGACCCUAUAGACCAUGGAUGCAAGUUACAAGAUUGUAUAUUUUCUGGAAGUUAUGUGAGACUUUAUAAGGGUCAUUCUUUAUUGAUUUUGUUUUACUUCUAUUUUUAAUUUGAAGAAAGUUAUCAGAAACAAAAUAUUAUAUGGAGUUGAAAUCAUGCAGCACCCUUCUGAAUUAAAAUUAUAACAUGUAUAUUAGAAGCCUGCACACAAGUGAUUUGAGAACUGUGCGUAUUUUAAAAGGAAAAACAACUCCAAGAUGGGUUGAUUUAAUGUAUGUUAAUACUGACCAAAUGCUGCAUGAUUCCAGUACUAACUGCAUGUGUUGAUAUAACAGCUGCACAACACACAAGCAUAUGCACAAACACAAAUCUACAAGAUUGUCAUAAGGUAGAAUUUAUACAUUUGUAUUGGAUGUUGAAGAAGGAGAGUGGAUGUGAAAUUAAACUUAAGAAUAAAAGUAUUCUU